UCCGGCAGAAGGAACCUGCGCCGGCCCCGCCGCCCGCCGCCCGCCGCCCGGCCCCGGUGCGCAGCGACCCCCGCCAGCCCCGAGCCGGCACCGCGGGCAGCGCCACAGGAGCACGAUCGUGGUUUGCCGUGAGACACGCAGGAGCUGGUGGGGCAAUCUCCUGUGAGCUUGGCUCCCGUCCACUAGCAAAGAGUUUGUCGGCAGACCAACGACCUUGGUCACCCGGGAAGAUGAGAAGACGUAUGGCCUGGUACCUGUUGGUCCUGUUGGCGGCCGCGACAAUGGGCUACCCCUCUCGACGAUCCGCUGUGGACUUGGACGCGACCCCAAGGACGACGAUCACCUAUAAGGAGUUGUCCGACGUCCGGCGCUUCAGCAGCCACGCCCUGAACUACACCACCCUGCUGCUGGAGGACGAGAAGGGGAUCCUCUAUGUGGGAGCGCGAGGGGCCAUAUUCGCCUUAAACUCCAGCAACAUUGCCGACGGCUCCCAGAGGGAGAUCCGGUGGGAGGCAUCUCCGGAGAAGCAGAACGACUGCCUCCAGAAGGGCAAGAACAACAAGACCGAGUGCUUCAACCACGUCCGGCUCGUGCAGAGGCUGAACGACACCCACCUGUACGCCUGCGGCACCUACGCCUUCCACCCGCUGUGCGCGGCCAUCGAUGCCGACAGGUUCGUGCUGCCGCCCCACUUGGAGGAGGGCAAGGAGAAGUGCCCUUAUGACCCCGCCCGCGGCUACACCGGCCUCAUCGUAGACGGCGGGUUGUACACGGCCACGCGGUACGAGUUCCGCAGCCUGCCAGACAUUAGGCGCAACCUGCACCAGCGGCCCCUGAAGACGGAAGAGUCCCCUGUGCACUGGCUAAACGAUGCGGAGUUCGUGGCCUCUGUGCUCGUCCGGGAAAGCGAGCACAGCCCCGUGGGGGACGACGACAAGCUCUACUACUUCUUCAUGGAGCGGGCGGCCGAGGAGAGCGCCUCCUUUGACAAGAGCCAUGUGGCCAGGGUGGCCAGGGUGGCGCG